CUUCCGCGAACGAAGGUAACAUAAUCACGGACCGGGUUUCUCCUAUUUUUUCUAUCUCCGUGACCGAGAGAUUGAGGUUAACCUCAAAAUCUGUCGAGUCCUCGUGUUUGAAACACAGUUUGACAUUAGAGACUGAUCAACAACAAACCUUUAACCGAAUAAAAUGGCUCAAGGAAAGUUGAAGGUUAAAGCAAAACUGCCAGCUUCCGCUAAGCCAAAGGGCGGCGGUAACAAGAAUAAUAACAAUAACAAAGGUCGACCGAUACAGCGCAGAGGAAAUGCGCCGGUACGUCCAAAGAAAGCAAAAUUCGAGGAACAGAAUAAACUGAAGAAAAUCAUAUCGAAAACGGUGAACAAAGCGAUGGAACAAGAGUUGAGGCAAAGAGCACUCGGAGGUAAACAAUCUCUGACAAAGAAAGAACCGGCUUCGUCGUCAAGCGGACAGAAAAAAUAACAGUAAAUAAUUCACUCUUUCUUUAAUCAUGGACAAUUUACUUGAAAUAAAAAUGGUGUACGCAAUUUCAUUGAGAGGUCGUAAAAUCGUGUCAUUCAAUUCAAUGGAAAAAUCUCCGCUGUAGCUGCAUUGAGACUUGUUUUUAAAAGUAUCGAUUUUCUUACUUGUCGAAGUAAUAACUCUUUAUUCAUAACAUGUCCCACGGUAUAAUUAUUGUUAUAUUAUUAUAUUAAUAUGUAGUUGUAUAAUAUAAUUUUCAUAUUUACUGGCAGUUGCUUUUUGUACGUCACGUUCUACGCAACGUACAUUACUUUUUUUUUUUCAUUUCAAUUUGUCGAUGUCUGUUGUAAAAAGAAAGAUAAAGAACCUGUAUAUAAAUAGUUGAUAUUUCAUAACAUACAUAUAUAUGCAUUUUUUGAUAUUUCGCAGUCAAUUCUUUCUUUCCAAUAUUAACAGUAAUCGUAAUACUAGUAAUAAGAAUAAUAUUAAAGUGGUGUUACAAUAGUAAAAUGUAGCACUGGAUACAGUCGAUGGCACUGUAGUUUAAAUAAUAUUAAAGAAUAUGGCAAUCGUGUGUAAGCUGAAACGCUACAGAGGAACACACAGAAAA